CACAAAGUCUUCGUCAAUGACUACUACUCACAACUACAGAUCAGAAACCCUCCCCGGUCUUGAUUUAUCAGGGCUUGGUUUUUGAGACCGUAUAUUAAACAUUACGCUCAGGGAAUUUCAGAAUUCAUUAGAGAGCUAGCGAUGAAUCCUGAUCAUUUUGAUAAUCAAGAGGCGGUCUGGGAAUGGAGGUGGGAGAGGUGCAUCCAGGAAGCCACUGGAGAUACCUCCUUCUUGGAUGCAGCAAAGGCACAAUUUGAUAACACGGCUGCCGGAACAAGUACCACAUCAGUACCCAAAACAGAAGAUCGACGCGACAGGAAGAAAGGUUACGACAAAGCAUAUCGCGAUCGUUGUAGGGAAGACAAGAAAAGACAGGAGGAUGAAUUGAAGAUGCAAGCGGUAGAAAAUGCACGCUUGAAGGAUGAAAAUGAAUCCCUGGUGAAGGAAAAAGAUACCAUAUUGAGUCCAAACCUGGAAUUAGCAGCAAAUGUGAUAGAUCAACUUAAAAGUGAAAAUCACGACUUGAAACGUAUUAGUGACCACCAAAUAAUUCGUCUGGAUGCAUUAACCGAAAAGAUUGCAAGCCACGAUGAACUUAAAAGCCUCCGUGAUGAAGUUGCACGAUUGAGAGAAAACGUCAAUAUCCAGGAUCCCAGGAUGCAAGAAAAGAAACAGCUCUUGGAAGAGCAUCUGAGGUUAACAAACGAAAACAGGCUGCUGGAAUUGCAAAAUGAGUUUUAUUGCAGGAUGAUACAAAAUGAGAGGCACCCUGGAAAUUAAGGAUGAAGCUGAAUAAGGAGUGCCACAUAUAGCAGCGGGUUGCACGACUGCUUUUAUUAGAUGCCGAUCGUACUAUAGAUUAUCUUGAUGGCGCUCCUCUGCUUUCCACCCUUCGACGAAUAAGGAAAAGAGGAAGAAGAUGGCUUUAUUGCGGCAGAACAAUCAAAGGUCUUCCGUGUUGGUGUUGUGUUUGCCGGCGAAUAAAUGCUGGCGCCUGCUUGAAUUUGUCACGCUUGUUUUAUCUAUCUAUGCAUCAACUCUCAAGAUUAAUUUUUCUAUCAAUCGCCUCCCCUAUUGAUUAA